AUGUUAGAUCUUACAAACAAAUCAUUAGAAGAAGGUGGUUUCAUCAAUGGUGAAGAAUUUAAAAAUAGAAUCUCGGCAGCGGUUAUCAAAUUUGGGAAUAGAAAUAUUCACAUUUUAUCUGUUUAUGCACCAAAUGUAGACAGAUUUUACACUGAGGAUAGUGGAAGUAAUAACGGUGGUUUGAAUUGUCGUGUUGAUGCUAUAAUCUUAUCUUAUGUCAAAAUUGGUUCUGUCUCAAAAUUUACCGUGGCUGAAGAGCCUUAG